AUGUUUAGAAGAACCAUUCAAUCGCAGUUGCGUUUCAAACCCACCACACAGUUGAGAUUUGCCAGACAAAUUUCAACCGAUAUCAACAAUGGACAAAAGGGUUUGCCCGUAUGGCCAAACAAGGCCGCCUUCACCUCCGUUUUCGCCAAAGAGGGCCGUAGUUUGAUUGGAUGGUUUGUUGCCCUCACUGGGAUCAUGUUGUGGGGGCCAUUGGCCAUUGUUGAGUUGUCGGACUCUGUUGACCAUGUGCCAAAGGACAAUACUGCUCAAGUUAGUGCGCAAAGAGUUGGUUUGGAUACGUUCAAGACUGAGGUUGAUAUUCCACAGACUUAUGUUGCUCCUGAUAAGGAAGGUGAUGAGGAUGAUGAAUAG